AGAAAUUUGAGAGAGAACAGCACAUGAAGUUUCACAUGGUUUUGCCUACUCCAUUAUUGUCAAAAUAUUCAGGCCAUAAAUUUGUGGAAGAACAACACUAGGUCCCUCUGCUUCUCAUGAUUUGGAACAGAAGACACCCUUAAAAUUAAGAGCCACAAGAAUCGAUGACUUAUUCCAGGACCACUUGGUUUAAAGAUAUGGUAACAGAGAAUUGAAUAAAUGCAUCAACCUCUUUGAUUAAAACUAGACAACUUAUAAUCUUUCAUCCUUUCAAAUUUAAGGCCCCAUAUAAACAUAGCCACCAAGCAUCAGCACAUGGCUUUGUCUUCGGUGGUUAGUGACAAAAACUUCAGCUCUAACAGAAAGCCUGUCUACAGCCUUUUAUAUAAAUAACUCCCCCUUCUAUGAUAUGUUUUCAUCAUCAACUACAAGCAUUAUCUAUUCAGACACCAAAUUGUUCUAGUCUUCCAAGAAAAAUGGAAAUGCUCAGCGCUGAGAAACUCAUCAAGAUGGCUAGGAGAUGGAAGAAGUUUGCUGCCAAACAGAGAAAGAGGAUUUCAUUUCCGAGAAGUGGCAGAGAUGUAGAGGGUUGCAGUACAUCCUCAUCCUCUAUAGUUGAAAAGGGGCAUUUUGUAGCCUAUACAAUUGAUCAAAGGCGUUAUGCAUUUCCCUUGGCUUACCUUGAAAAUGAGGUCGUUAGGCAACUUUUAAACAUGUCUGAAGAAGAGUUUGGACCACCGAGUGCUAGCCCUAUAACAUUACCCUGUGAUUCAGCCUUCAUGGACUACAUCGUUUCACUAAUCAAGAAAGGUGUAGCUGCCGGAGAUCUUCACAAAGCAUUGCUCCUAUCAAUUCAUUCAUGUUGCUGUUCAACUUCUUCUUUGCACCAAGAAAGUCGAAAUCAACAGAUUCUUGUUUAUUGAGUCAUGACAUCAUGUUUUAUAAAUUUUAGCUCAAAAUAGAUUGUAUAGCUAGUGAAAAAUAGGCAACAGAAAGCAUGUAUUGUUACAAAUAGGAAUUCAGA